AUGGAUCUGCAAGGCACUCCCAUCGGCAAGUCUGCCACUGGCACCAAGGUCAGCACCGAUCCUACCAGCAACAUCCCUGUGCAGGAAGGACCAGGCGCCGUCGCCAACGACUCUCUCGCUGGCGAGUCCGUCCGACAAGGAGGCGCAUUCUCUCAGAACCCCAAUAGCGAGCCUCUCAGCGUAUCAGGCUCUAACUCAACGUUCAACAACACUGACACCUCCGGCGCCAACACACUCCCCUCAGCCGCACGAGCCAGUGACCGCAAAGAGGACCGCAAAGACCGCUACCCAGAUGCCCUAGGUGGCCAAGGGGACUACCCCGGCGCCCAUCUGCCCGAAUCCGGAUACGUGGGUGGCUCGACCCAAGCGAAGCGUGAUCUCGGUGUUGGAGGCCACCAGCACCAAUACAAUGUUUCCGAAGCUGGUGGAAGCACCGGAUACCGCAGUGCCCAUAACGGCGGUACUGCGCCGUCCUAUGUGACUCCCGUUGUGCAGAAUGUGGGCAACACCAAGCCUAAUGGAAAGAAUAUCACUGAGGGCGGAUUUAAUGAUAGCCCGAACAGAAAUGCUAGCUGGAAGUCGGAUAUUGGUACUAAGAAGGAUUCGGGCCGGCUUGCUGAGAGCAAGUUUCAGAAAACGAAUGCAGAGAGCGGUGCGAAUGCUGGCUAUACUAAUCCUACUGUUGAUGUUAGUCAGCCGUAUGGAAACUUGCAGCCUGAUCAGCGAGCUUAG